AUGUCAACUUCAUGUCUCUUCAUGAACUUUAGAGGAAUUGUAGAGAAUUGUAGCUUCACCAACUUGACCGAUUUCAACGGCUCGACGGCCGGGACAUCGCCUUUUUCGAACCUAUCGAUGAAUUCCGAGACGACCCGUUCGGCCGAGGCGGGCGAGUCCCCAACCACAACGACGUUUUUUCUCGUUUUUCCGAGCAAAAUGUUGAAAAUAGCCUCGACUUCGGUUUUCGGUCGUGGGAAGAGGAAAGUAGGAGUUCGAUUCGAUGUUGGUUUUCACGAUGGUGCUCGAGAAGCCGGCUUCUCUCAUGACUCGGCUCACGCUCGGGUCGUCAAGGAUGGAGAGGACGAGUUGGUCGAGGUCGACUCGGACGGGAACGAGGCAACUCGGCGGGUGGAGGAGGUCGUGGUGGGCUCCGCCGGCGCCGGCGGCGGAGGAUCGGCGGUGGUGGGCUUGGGCGCGUUUGAGGGCGGCGGCCAUGGCGUUGGAGAGGUGAUGGCUAAACGGUGGGCUGGGCCUGGGGCCAAGUGCUUAGGCGGAAACUAG